AGUACGACCCGCACACAAGCACGCGCACACACACAAACACACACACACACACACACACGCACACACUCAGAGACGCGAAACAGCAGAAGAAGAAACGUCUGGGUCCUGUCUGUGGAUACGUGGUGCCGACUGUUACGCGCCGCAGCGUUUCCCUGCGGUAAAAGAGAGAGAGAGAGAGAGAAUCCGCUUUUCGGACCGGGAGGCGCGCGCGAGACUCGCUGCUCUUCUUCUUCGUCAGAAAAGAGGGUUCGUAGCGGUCGAGAUUUACGGAGCAGCGGAGGACUGACGGCGCGACGGAGGAGCGGGGAUGUCCUGAGCCGGUCCUCCGGGCCCAGAGAGCGGGUGUGCUGAUGGGACCUGCGGCGCCGCCAUGAGUUUACAAGAUGGCGGCUGCAGCUACGCCGGCGGCGGCAGCAGCAGCAGCGCCAACGCCAACGCGCCUUCCUCCUCCUCCUGCGGCAGCAUGCGGCGGCGCCUGGAGGACCAGGAGUUCGCCCUGCGCGUGUACCCGGGCGCCCUCGCCGAGGGCACCAUCUACUGCCCCGUCAGCGCCCGCAAGAGCACCACGGCGGCCGAGGCCAUCGAGCGCCUCAUCGAGCGGCUGCGGCUGGAUCGCACCAAGUGCUACGUGCUGGCCGAGGUGAAGGAGUUCGGCGGCGAGGAGUGGAUCCUGAACCCCGGCGACUGCCCCGUGCAGCGCAUGAUGCUGUGGCCGCGCGGCGCCCUGGAGAACCGCGGCGGCCUGGGCAGCGGCGACGACUACCGCUUCCUCCUGCGGGAGAAGAACCUGGACGGGUCGAUCCACUACGGCGGCAGCCUGCAGAUGUGGCUGCGGGUGACGGAGGAGCGGCGGCGCAUGGUGGAACGGGGUUUCCUCCCCCAGCCCGCAGGGGGCGACCCCCCGUCCGACCUGUGCGCCCUCCCGGAACUCACGGAGCGCACCAUUCUGGAGAGCCUCCGCGCGCAUUUCCGCCAGGAGAAGAUCUACACCUACAUCGGGAGCAUCCUCAUCGUGAUCAACCCCUUCCAGUUCCUGCCCAUCUACAACCCCAAGUACGUGAAGCUGUACGACAACCACACGCUGGGGAAGCUGGAGCCGCACAUUUACGCCGUGGCGGACGUGGCGUAUCACGCCAUGCUGCAGCGGCGGAAGAACCAGUGCAUCGUCAUUUCCGGGGAGAGCGGCUCCGGGAAGACCCAGAGCACCAACUUCCUGAUUCACCACCUGACCGCGCUCAGCCAGAAGGGGUUCGCCAGCGGCGUGGAGCAGAUCAUCCUGGGGGCGGGGCCUGUGCUGGAGGCCUUUGGGAACGCUAAGACGGCCCACAACAACAACUCCAGCCGCUUCGGAAAAUUCAUCCAGGUCAACUACCAGGAGAGUGGCACUGUCAGAGGAGCCUAUGUGGAGAAAUACCUGCUGGAGAAAUCCCGCCUGGUGUACCAGGAGCACAACGAGAGGAACUACCAUGUGUUCUACUACCUCUUGGCCGGAGCAAGCGAAGAGGAGAGGAAGGCCUUCCACCUGCUGAAACCCGAGGAAUACCACUACCUUAACCAGAUGACAAAGAAAUCGCACAAACUCCGCUGGGACAAUUCCUAUGAGAGCGAUCUGGACUGCUUCACCGUGGAAGGAGAGGAUCUGAAACACGACUUUGAGCGUCUGCAGCUGGCGAUGGAGAUGGUCGGCUUCCUGCCCACCACACGCAAACGGAUCUUCUCCCUGCUGUCAGCCAUCCUCCACCUGGGAAACAUCCGCUACAAGAAGAAGACCUACAGGGACGAUUCCAUCGACAUCUGCAACCCAGAGGUGCUGCCCAUCGUGUCGGAGCUGCUCGAGGUCAAGGAGGAGGUGCUGCUGGAGGCGCUGACCACCAGGAAGACGGUGACCGUGGGCGAGAGGCUCAUCGUACCCUACAAACUCGCUGAGGUGGGCGCGGUGAGGGACUCCAUGGCCAAGUCCCUGUACAGCGCGCUGUUUGACUGGAUUGUGUUCAGGACCAACCACGCCCUGCUGAACAACAAGGACCUGGAGGACAGUUCAAAGAUCCUGUCCAUCGGGGUUCUGGACAUCUUCGGCUUCGAGGACUACGAGAACAACAGCUUCGAACAGUUCUGCAUCAACUUCGCCAACGAGCGUCUGCAGCACUACUUCAACCAGCACAUCUUCAAGCUGGAGCAGGAGGAGUACCGGGCCGAGGGCAUCAUCUGGCACAACAUCGAGUACAUCGACAACAGCGGCUGCCUCAACCUCAUCAGCAAGAAGCCCACGGCGCUGUUCCACCUGCUGGACGAGGAGAGCAACUUCCCCCAGGCCUCCAAUCAGACCUUGCUGGACAAGUUCAAGCGGCAGCAUGAAGGGAACAGCUACAUCGAGUUCCCCGCCGUCAUGGAGUCCGCCUUCAUCAUCCGACACUACGCGGGCAAAGUCAAGUACGGGGUCAAGGACUUCAGGGAGAAGAACACCGACCACAUGCGGCCCGACAUCGUGGCCUUGCUCAAGAGCAGCAAGAACGCCUUCGUCUGCAGCCUGAUGGGAAUCGACCCCGUGGCGACCUUCCGCUGGGCCGUGCUGCGAGCCUACUUCAGGGCCCUGGUGGCCUUCAGGGAGGCCGGCCGCACACACACCCACAAGAAGACGGGGAGCGACGCGGCGGUUCCGUGUGCCGUCGUCAAAACGGUGGACAGCUUCAGUUUCCUCCAUCACCCGGUUCACCAGCGGAGCCUGGAGAUCCUCCAGAGGUGCAAAGAUGAGAAGUUCAGUAUCACAAGGAAGAAUCCGCGGACGCCUCUUUCCGACCUUCAAGGCACCAACGCCCUGAAUGAGAAGGCCAGCUGGGAUGGCUACGCUGUCGGCUGCAACGGCCGCAGCACCAGGUCCGGGCGCCUGUCCUCCACAGGAAGUCCCGCCCUGGAGGAAGACGGGAUCUUCCUGAACUCGACCAGCAGCAAACUCCUGGAGAGGGCGCAGGGCAUCCUCCUGAGGAACAAAAACGUCAAACCCAAGCCGAGCCUUCCCAAGCACUUGCUGGACGUGAAGUCCCUGCGUUACCUGAGCAGCGUGACGCUGCACGACCGCAUCACCAAGUCGCUGCUCCACCUGCACAAGAAGAAGAAGCCGCCCAGCAUCAGCGCCCAGUUCCAGGCGUCCCUCAACAAGCUGAUGGAGACUCUCGAUCAGUCGGAGCCGUACUUUGUCAAAUGUUUCCGCUCCAACGCCGAGAAGCUGCCGCUGCGCUUCAACGACGGCCUGGUGCUCCGGCAGCUCAGGUACACGGGCAUGCUGGAGACCGUCCGCAUCCGCCAAUCAGGAUACAGCAUCAAGUACACCUUCCAGGACUUUGUGCGUCACUUCCACGUUCUGCUGCCUCGGGGCACGAGCCCCACCAAGUCGGGCAUCCGGGAGUUCUUCAGGCGGAUCCACCUGCUGCCCGCCGGGUACCAAGUGGGCAACACGAUGGUGUUCCUGCGGGAGGCGGAGCGCCAGCGGCUGCAGACGCUCCUCCACCAGGAGGUCCUGCGGCGGAUCGUCACGCUGCAGCGGCGCUUCAGGGCCGUGCUGGAGAGGAAGCGCUUCGUCGACAUGAGGCGAGCGUCCUCCGUCCUCCAGCGAUGGUGGCGGCGCUGCCUCCUCCGGCAGCCCUCCGCGGACUCGGAAGAGGAAGAGGAGGAGGAGGAGGAGGCGGCGGCGGUGUGCCUGCAGGCGGCGUGGAGGAGCUACCGGGAGCGCAGGAGGUUCCUGCGGCGGCGGGACGCGGCCGUCGUCCUCCAGAGGAGCUGGAGGAGCCGCUGGCGGCGCCGGUGGGCGGCGGCCGUCACGGUCCAGGCGGCGUGGAGAGGAUUCCGGGAGAGGAGGCGCUACUGGCGGACGCACGGGGCCGUGACGCGGCUCCAGGCGAUGGCCAGGGGACACCUGGCGCGACUCAGGUUCCGGGAGGUGGCGCCGAGUCCAGCGCCGGCGGCGGGUGCAGGAACCUCGGAGGACGUCCCCUCCCCGGGACAGGAAGCUCACGUCCGGGACGUCUCCGUCGAACUGUCCGAAGACUCCAAGUCCGCUCCGUUGGAUUCUUCGGAGGCGGAGAAAGAGGACGACUCCGAGCGGAGCCGGAGCGCAGACGAGCCGAGCCACAAGAACCGGUCCAAGCGGGAGAGCCGGCGCAUGCGGGAGCUGGAGCAGGCCCAGUUCAGCCUGGAGCUCCUCAAGGUCCGAGCCACCGGCGUCCAAGAGGACUCGCCGCCCCGUCAGCCCGAAGACCCUCGCGGGGGCUCUCCGGCGAGUCGCGGUAGUCUUGAGCUGCUCGGCGUGGAGGACAUGGAGACGGACGGCUGCGGGGGCCCCGGCGCCCCUCGGGAUCAGGAUCGGCCCCCGGCGCCGGACGUCCGUUCGAACCGCGGCGAGAAGCCGGCCGCGGUGCCGCCGAGGGCGACGUUUUAUUUCGCCUCGGACCAAAGUCCGGUCCACGAGCCGGCGGCGAAGUCCCACAGAGAGAGACGAGAGUCCACGACCCGUCGGCCCGUGGUGGUGCUGAUCAGCAUGCAGAAGGAGAGCCCCGUGGAGGAGGGGCCGCCGCUGGGGGCCCAGACCCCAGAAGGAGCUCCUCAAGCGGCGGCGGUUCCCGGUUCCCACGUGACCCCGGCUGAGGAGCGGCCGCGUGGGAUUCUCGCCCGGGCGGAGAGCGACGCAUCCGGGGCGGCGGGUCCAGAACCGGGGCCCUGCUCCUCGGAGGUGGACAUCCAGAUCGUCCCGGAGCCGAAGUCCGACGUCGCUCCCGCCGUCCUCCCCGGUCGGCAGGAGAGGAAGGCGGUCCGGCCCCAACCGGAGGCUCCCGGUCCGGUCCUGGACACGAAGCCACCGAAGGCCCAGAAGAAGAGCUCGGCCCAGACGGUCAUCGUGAACAUGGUGGAGAAACCGGCCAACGCCGUGUUCUCCCCACCCAGACGCAAGCUGCCCUUCUCCAAGUCCGAUAAAGAUCUGGUGAACCAGGAGAGAUCUCUGGCCAUGUUCAGAGACGACUCCAAAUGUGUCGGCUCCAGAAACCGAGAGCAGGUGGGCCGCCCCGUCCCCAAAAAGAAAGCGCGCAUGUCCCGGACGCGCUCCGACUUCCUGACCCGCUGUAACUCUGAGGGCGCCACGCAGUCGGACGACGACGACGACGAGUUCUACGUCCCCGCCGCCCGCCCGCCGCCCCCCCCCUCCUCCUCCUCCCCGCCUCCCCCCAGCACCCAGCAGGGGGCCGGCUGUCACAGCGACUCCGAGAUGCCGUCUCACAAAGACCAGAAGAAGAUCCACAAGACCAUGUCGUCCGGAGACCUGGGCAAGGUGGAGGUCCUCCGGAAGACCUCCGGUCAGGAUGGAAGCAGGAUGAGGGGAAGGAUGCGAUUCUGGAGUAAGACGAAGCCCGGCGAGAAGAAGCUGUCGAGAGAGAAGCAGGCUGGUGGCGGCGGCGAAGCCCGAGAGACGCACGGAGGCCCUUCUUCGUCUUCUUCUCCUCCUCCUCCUCCCCGGGUCCCAGACCCGGAGGCGGCUCCGCCGUCCGGCGGCGUCCGCAAAAGCAAAGAGAACAAGGAGCCGUCUCCCAAGAUGAGGCGGCGCCGCAGCGUGAAGAUCGGCAGCUUCGCCCUGGAGCCGGUCCAGUGGCAGAACGACGCGCUGCACAUCCUCAGCUCGGCCCACGACUACCGCAGCAUGAACGACUUCCUCAUGAAGAAGAUCGCCGAGCUGGAGUCGGAGGACGGCAAGAAGGACACGAUGGUGGACGUGGUCUUCAAGAAGUCUCUGAGGGAGUUCAGGGUCAACAUCUUCAACUCCUACUCCACCGCGCUGGCCAUGGACGACGGGAAGAGCAUCCGCUACAAGGACCUGUACGCGCUGUUCGAGCACAUCCUGGAGAAGACCAUGCGCCUGGAGCAGCGCGACUGGCGCGAGUCGCCCGUGAAGGUGUGGGUGAACACCUUCAAGGUGUUCCUGGACGAGUUCAUGACCGAGUACAAGCCCAUGGAGGGCACCAUCGGCAGGGCUCCGAAACGCGAGCGCAAGAAGUCGAGGAAGAAGGAAACUGACAUUGUGGAGGAGCACAACGGACACAUCUUCAAGUCCACCCAGUACAGCAUCCCCACCUACUGCGAGUACUGCUCCUCCCUCAUCUGGAUGAUGGACCGCGCCUGCGUCUGCAAACUGUGUCGCUACGCCUGCCACAGGAAGUGCUGCUCCAAGAUGACCACCAAGUGCAGCAAGAAGUACGACCCGGAGCUGUCGUCGCGUCAGUACGGCGUGGAGCUGUCCCGCCUCACCAGCGAGGAGCGGACGGUGCCCCAGCUGGUGGAGAAGCUCAUCAACUACAUCGAGAUGCACGGCCUCUACACCGAGGGCAUCUACAGGAAGUCGGGCUCCACCAAUAAGAUCAAAGAGCUCCGUCAGGGGCUGGACACAGACGUGAGCAUCGUGAGUCUGGACGACUACAACAUCCACGUCAUCGCCAGCGUUCUGAAGCAGUGGCUCCGUGACCUGCCCAGCCCUCUCAUGACCUUUGAACUGUACGAGGAGUUCCUCCGGGCCAUGGGUCAGCCGGACCGGCGGGAGGUGAUCCGGGACGUGUACUCGGUGAUCGACCAGCUCAGCCGGACACACCUGAGCACGCUGGAGCGCCUCAUCUUCCAUCUGGUCAGGAUCGCGCUGCAGGAGGAGACGAACAGGAUGUCGGCCAACGCCCUCGCCAUCGUGUUCGCCCCCUGCAUCCUGCGCUGCCCCGACACCAUCGACCCGCUGCAGAGCGUCCAGGACAUCAGCAAGACCACAGCCUGCGUGGAGCUGAUCAUCAACGAGCAGAUGGGCAAGUACAAAGCUCGUCUGAAGGACAUCAACAGUCUGGAGUUCGCCGAGAGCAAAGCCAAGAGCAGACUGACCCACAUCAGGAAGUCCAUGAGCAAAGGCUGCGUUCGUCCUCUCAGCGUCCGCACGCCGUCGCCUCCUCUCAGCCCCAGAGCCGCCCCGACGGCGGUGGUGAUGGAUGGAGAGGGUGGAGGAGGAGGAGGAGGAGGAGGAGGAGGAGAGGACGAUGCAGCGGGGCCCGAGCUGAACGAGCAGCAGCAGGCGCUGCAGCAGGAGGAGCGGAUCCUCACUGAGCAAAUCGAGAGUCUGCAGAAGGAGAAGGAGGAGAUGACGUAUGAGAUGUUGAUCUUGGAGCCGCGGACGUCCGACGACGACACGCCGGAGUCUGAGACGUCCUUCGGCACGGCGGACAGCUGUGAGAACAUCACCAUGGAGACGGAGGGGGCCACCGCAGAGCCCUCUGAGCGUGGCGCUUAUCACUCCAGAAAGUCUGAGGUGACGAGCCGCCGGACGCUGCGCCGUCAGCCCGACUCCCAGGACUCCGCUGACUCCGCCUCCUCCACCGUUUCCUCCUCCUACUACCCCUCCCCCUCCCUCUCCAACGCCUCGGGCUCCCCCUCCCCCCACUACCGCUUCCGCUCCUCCUCCUCCGGGCCCCUGCUCACCUCCUGCGGCCUCGGGGGCCCGUCGGCCGAGGCCGGCCCCGGCCCCGGCGCCGGCAAGACCCGCCACCGGCUCCGGCUGAGCCGCAGCUCGCCGCGCGAUCCCUCGGGCGGCCACCGGAGGGAGCCGGACUUCAGCUCGGGGCCCCAGCAGCUGGUUCUGUACGGCAGCAACGAGUUCAUGGUGUGAAGCCGAGGAGCGAGGGAACCGCCGCUCGCCGCCCGAAGAAGAGGAGGUGGGUCGCCUGCUGCCCCUCCUCAGUGCCGUCCUCCCUCCUCCCCUGGUCCCGUCGAAGAAGAGGGUCUCAGUGCUGAUUGGACGGCUGGAGACACGGAGGACAAACCCACACCCGCAAAAGCCAAAAUCUUAUCGAGCCCCAUCUUUAUUUUCCAGCAUGAGGCGGGAGGAUGAAGAACAACAAUCGUAUCCAUAGCGACGGACUCCGCUCGUCACGCUUUGUUUUCCCUUCGUUCGAAGAGGCUGUACAGAAACGUGUUAAUUAUUAUUAUUGUUAUUACAAUGAUGUCACAGAGGGAACAACAUGAACAGAGAGAGAAACUCCAGUGCUGCUCCUCGGCCGUCAGCGAGCGAUCUCUUAUUUCUGGGGAAGUGUCCAAAUAUUGUUCCACUUCCGGUUCCACUUCCUCUUCCUGGCUUUUUUUCUUAUUUUUUUGCUCCGUUUUCCGUCAUUUGUGCCGUUUCUUUCUUUUUUGUUUUGCUUUUCUUCUUCUCUUGUUUCCUAUUUCGCAGUGAACAGAGCUCCGGCUCUUGAGAAAUAAUAAUAAUAAUGCUAAUAAUAAUAAUAGAAGGAGAAUCUGUCGAUCUGAUGUCACGUUUACUUUCCAUGAGCGUUUCUUUCUUUUUAUUUGUUUCUCGUCUUUUAUAUUCACAAAACAUCAGUGUUACAUCGGAACUUGAAUUUAUUUCGACAUAUAUAAGUAUAUAUAUAUAUAUGUAUAUGCAUAUAUAUGUUAUUGCUGUAUUAUAGGUGUUGUUAUUAUAUCUAAAAGUUCCUGUUUUUGUUGUCGAUAUUGUUUCAUAGAUUUAUUUUUGUUCAUAUGAAAGCCAUUUCCCUUUUUUACGUGUGUGUGUUUGAAUGAAUGAAUAUUUUGCUGCAACUGUAUCAGCACACACACACACACACACAAUCACACACACACACUCACUCGUGUUUACCCGCCCAACAAAUAUUGUAUCGGUGAGAAGAAGAAGAAAUAAGUGUGUGACCAUCAAAGCGACACGAAAACCAACUGUCCCUGUGGAGGGAAACUCUGACACUCCGUCCAUCCUCCUCCUCCUCCUCCUCCUCUUUCUUUUUCCACAGCGCUUCCCUCCUCUUCUCUCACGGCCUCCAGGCUGUGAGAAAGUAGCAUUCAACCAGAAAAAAAGCAAAGUAGCAACUAACUCAGACCCUCUUUCUGUGUGUGUGUGUGUGUGUGCGCGUGUGUGUGUGUGUGUGUGUGUGCACGUCUCCCACACACACACAGCCACGAUGUCGCUGCUCUUUCGACGCUCUUCAUCUCACACAAGUCUUCCUCUUCGCGGUGAGGAGACUGUGGAGUCGUUGCAGAGGUGAGCUGGAAAAGGACUACAUUGAUUCCUGGUAUAAAUAAUAAUAAUAAUAAUAAUAAUAAUAUGUUCAUCUCCAGGUUGUCAAUACGGCAAAAACAAGCAAAAACAAGACUAAAAAAAGCAAGCUGAAUGUACCGUCACUGGACGCUCUGCUUUCUCUGGUUGUUUGUGUUCCUCUUUUUAUACACGGCGUAUGUACUAUUUAUGAUCAUGCUUUUUUGGGGGUGUACAAUAAUCUGUUAUAAAAAGGAUGAAUAAAAGGAUAUAUUAUCCUG